AUGGAAGAUCUCUUUAUUCUUCUAAAUAAAUGUCCCAUUCUCGAGGAAGUGCACGCAGAAUAUUUAAAUCUAAACAAUCUGGAUAUUUCAUUUGCUCAAAAGGCAGUAAAGAAAAGAUUUCCAUAUUUCCCAAAUCUAAUUAGAGCAAGCAUUACCAACGCGUCUUUUUAUACGAAGCAUUCCAUCGCUUUGAUUUGCCGGCUAUCGGUUCAGGUUCUUCGUAUAGAACUGGACUUACCACUUAGCAGCUACAAUCGUUAUCCGUUUUGCAAUUUAACCUGCAUGGAGCUGAUCCUUAAGCUUAAUCAUUGUGACAAAUGGUUGUGGUUGCUAGAAUUGCUGAAACAUUGUCCCAAACUUCAAAGUCUUAUUAUUUACGAGGACUAUUGGAAUAAUGGAGAGGAUGUUGUUGAUAAUUGGACGGAUCCAAAAAUGGCUCCAAACUGUCUUUCAACACAGCUAAAUUUAUACAGAAUGUGGGCUUCAAUUUGCUAA